AUGUGUGUCAUAUUAGGGCGUCUAACGGAAUACCAGGUCAUCGGGCGCCAUUUGCCCACAGAGGCAAAUCCCACGCCAAAGCUGUAUCGCAUGCGCAUCUUCGCCCCUAACACUGUGGUCGCGAAGUCAAGAUUCUGGUAUUUCUUGAUGAAGCUGCGAAAAGUGAAGAAGGCAAAUGGCGAAAUUGUCUCCCUCAAUGUGAUCCACGAGAAGCACCCGCUGAAGGUUAAGAACUUUGGCAUCUGGAUUCGCUACGACUCGCGCUCCGGCACACACAACAUGUACAAGGAAUACCGGGAAAUGUCGCGGACUGAUGCCGUCCAGUCCCUCUACCAGGAUAUGGCCGCCCGCCACCGUGCCAGAUUCCGGUCCAUCCAUAUACUGAGAGUUGUCGAAAUCGAGAAGAAAGACCUUGUCCGACGCCCAUACAUCAAGCAGCUCCUCACCAAGAACUUAAAAUUCCCCCUCCCCCACCGCGUUCCCAAAGCUACCACCAAGAAGUUGUUUGCGGCUCGCAGACCUUCGACUUUUGCUUAA